AUGCGUUCAAGCCCUGAUUGGCCAUGCGUGCGCUGGGCAAGGUGCCUUUGUGCAUUGGCUGUGGCCAGCAUCGCUCACCAGGGCACGAAGGAGGACCGGGCGGAAAAGCAAGCCUGGACUCGCCGGGUCAUCCCACAGUUGCGCGUGGUGCUCGAGGCACAUCCGAAGUCCUUUCAGGUGCAACAGCUCGUGGCCGAAGGCUGCUGUCUUCUCCUGCGUCACGGCCAUGGGAAUCUAGGUGGACUUUCGGCUCUCUGGCCUUUGCUCUGGCCUUUAGUGGUGCAUCCCCGGCAGCAAGUGGCCACAGCUGCCUCCCUGGCGCUCUGCCGGCUGACUUGGUUUCUCCGAGCUGGAGACUCUCAGGGUGAGUCGCAGGUUCCGACCGCGGAAAGGGCGAUGCAAACGGCUUGUGCAGAGAUUCUUGGAGCUAAGAUUUCUAGCAUCUUUACGAACUCGGUGGCCCCGCGCCUCACGGAUCCCGCCAUCCACAGCGCGAGUUUGCAGUGCGUCCGACUGUUGGAGCUCCUCCGGGCACUGGUUUUGUACAGCCGGAGUAGACCUUCCGAGGCUUCCGGCCGCCGAGAACGUCGGGAGGCGGAUGAGGCCUUGAUCGUCUUGCCCCAAGCGAAGAUUCUGGCAACGGUGGAGCUCCUCCUGACCUCCCUGACGCGGGAGACGUCGGUAGCUUCCCAGGUGCUUUCUGCCAGCUCCCCUACGGGACAGCUUGUCACCAAGGCGCUUGACUUGCUUACAGCCCUCCUCGACGUUUGCGGUACGGCCGCCUUAGUCUUCUCUGCUCAGCUUCGGCGCUUUCUUGAGCUGCUGUCGGACUGGUCUCCGAAGAACCACAUCGGUCACAGCAAGGUGGUUCUCAGCUUCGUGCUAAGCCUUGAGAGGACGGCCCCGGCCAUCCUCCUUCGGAAGCCACUACUGAACCGGCUCUGCCUCUAUGCGAUGGAGGCUAUGCAGCAUGAGAUCGGCCUCACCGGUCGAACUGCGAGCCAAAGUGCCCGCACGUCGCGCAAGAGGAAGGCCGAAGUGCUCGAAGACGCUGCAGACUUCUGCCAGCCUCUGUUUCCAGUGGCAUGCCAGGCGCUAGCACGCCUUGUGGAGAGGGGCGCAGCACUGCUAGAGCAGCAGUUGGUGGCGAGCAUCUGUGAGCAGGUUGUGCACACUGUUUGGCACGGAGCUUUGCGGGCGCCUUCCACAGUCACCGGCAAAGAGCUGGACAGGUGCUUGGUGUUCAAGCAGAUCUGUCGGUCACCAGAGGCUGUGCUUGGGCUGCUUGAGGUGAUCGAGGUGCUGGUCGAACCCAGGCAGUUGGGUUCAAAGCCCUUGGCGCCAAGCUUGCUGAACGCCUUUGCGGCCAUCCUUUCCACCCUGCAGGGGGCCUUUGAGAGGCACGUGCUGCAAAAGCCCAACGAUGAUGCCAUGACUGCUGGGGUUCGCACAAAGCUCGCUCAGCUCGCCGACACCAUCCGCCUCGAUCAGUUUCCACGACCUGCGGAGAGCAAAGGGAUCUCCAUCUCCUGGCCGGAUGCCUCGGCCCCGGAGAGUCCAAAGCUUCUUCCAUCUGCGGAGCCUUUCGGAGCCACGCCCCGAAGUCACAGGGAAACGACGAAGGAGGCGAAACGCAGCCUCACAACCCCAGAGAAGCUGCCGACGAAGGCCCCGGACGCGGAAGAGCCCAUGGAGGUGGACGCGGCGGAAACUUCCGCGGACGCACCGGCGGCCACCGCGACACCCGAGGUG